CGCAUGCCCGCCGGGGUGGGGCGGGGCCCGCCGCCCUGAGGUUAAAGGCCCCGGUGGAAGCGGGGCCCUACGGCUGUGUCGCCUCGUGUCGCCCCACGGGGAACAGUCUCUCCCGUGGGGUUUCCCUAGCCCACCGCUUCCCCUCACCCCAUCGCGCCGGCCCAGCGAAUGCUGGCGCGGUCGCGGUUGCUGAACCUCUUGCCCCAGCUCUGCGCCCUCCAGCCCAGCCUCGCCAUGAGCAGCGUUACCGGUACCGUCACCAUCCACCAGCCGCUCAACUACCGGGCGGGCGCCCGCGUUCAGCCCGCUGACGGCGGCCAAGCCGAGGAUGUGUACGAGCCGGCCACAGGUCGAGUAAUAACCAAGCUGCUCUCCUCUGGGGAGAAGGAGGUCGAUCUGGCUGUGCAGAGUGCAAAGGCUGCCUUUAAAAUAUGGAGUCAGAUGUCUGGCAUGGAGCGGAGCAGGGUGCUGCUGGAGGCUGCCAGAAUUAUUCGGGAGCAAAGAGAAGAAAUUGCAACCCUGGAAACCAUCAACAAUGGCAAAUCCAUCUUUGAAGCCAGAGUGGACAUUGACAUAUCCUGGCAGUGCCUGGAGUAUUACGCAGGACUGGCAGGAUCUCUAGCUGGUGAACACAUCCAACUUCCCGGGGGAUCCUUUGGGUACACUCGAAGAGAGCCCCUUGGGGUGUGUGCUGGGAUUGGAGCCUGGAAUUACCCUUUCCAGGUUGCCUGCUGGAAGGCUGCCCCAGCCUUGGCUUGUGGCAAUGCAAUGGUCUUCAAGCCCUCACCCUUCACCCCCCUUACGGUGGUGAGGUUGGCAGAGAUCUUCACAGAGGCCGGUGUGCCCAAGGGGCUCUUCAACGUGGUGCAGGGUGGAGCAGCCACAGGCCAGUUCCUCUGUCAUCACCCAGAUGUGGCCAAAAUCUCUUUCACUGGCAGUGUGCCAACUGGCAUCAAGAUCAUGGGGAUGGCAGCUAAAGGGAUCAAACCAGUCACCUUGGAGCUGGGGGGCAAAUCCCCCCUUAUCAUCUUUUCAGACUGUGCCUUGGAGAACGCCGUGAACGGAGCCCUCAUGGCCAACUUCCUCACGCAGGGCGAGGUGUGCUGCAACGGCACGCGGGUGUUCGUGGAGAGGAAGAUCCUGGAUGUCUUCACAAAGGAAGUAGUGAAACGCACUCAGAAAAUCAAAAUUGGAGACCCGCUUCUGGAAGACACGCGGAUGGGAGCCCUUAUCAACCGUCCCCACCUGGAUCGUGUCCAGGGCUUUAUCAAGCAGGCAAAGGAGCAGGGGGCAGAGGUGCUGUGUGGUGGGGACCUGUAUGUGCCAGAUGACCCCAAGCUGAAGAAUGGCUAUUACAUGCAACCCUGUGUGUUAGGGAACUGCACGGAUGACAUGACCUGUGUGAAGGAAGAAAUCUUUGGGCCUGUCAUGUCCAUUCUGCCGUUUGACACAGAGGAGGAAGUUGUGGAGAGAGCCAACAACACCAAAUUUGGCCUGGCAGGUGGUGUCUUCACCAGGGAUAUCCAGAAGGCUCACAGAGUAGUGGCUGCUCUCAAGGCUGGGAUGUGCUUCAUUAACAAUUACAACAUCAGCCCUGUGGAGCUGCCUUUUGGAGGAUACAAGGCGUCAGGAUUUGGCAGAGAGAAUGGGCGGGCAGCCAUGGAGUACUACUCACAGCUGAAGACUGUCUGUGUGGAGAUGGGUGACGUGGAGUCUGUGUUUUAGUAGCUCUGGAGCCUGCUCAAGGGAGCAUCAGCCAGUUCUAGCCUGUCAGCUAGAGAUGUGGAUUUUUUACACAGCAAUAAAGUGCUCUAAAAUUGUAAGUGCCUGGGGGGGGAUCAUGCUGGAGCAGCAUUUGGCCAUCCUGCUCCUUCAAGGGGGAAUGUAUACAUAGGGCUCAGCCUGGGGGCCUGCUCUGUCCUGUCUGGUGAAGGAUGGGAACCUUAGAGUAGGAAGCAGCACUACAGCUUUCAGCAGCAGCUUGUGGAUGUUUGGCACCACUGGAAGUUUGUGUGCCUUCAACCCCAUUGCCUUCCACCCUCAGUCAGCUUUGAUUUUGGCUUCUUAACAAGUAUGACCCUACUCAGUGCACAUAUGAGAUCUUGGACAGAUCAGUAUCAUGUAGCUAUAGGCUCUCUCUGUUCUCCCAACUACGUAAAAGCCUUAAGGGUAGGGUUGUUUGUUCCCUCUAGCCCCCUUGUAAACACAAGUUUUGUUUUUUCUAUCUGUACCUUGCUUCAAAAGUGGGACAAAAUACUGUGAGGGUGGUUAGCUUAUGCUGCCUGGGACCAGGAUG